GGAUAAAAAAUGGCUUCUGCCAAAAUUUAGAAGGUCAUUUCAACAAUGAAUCAAGCGUAUAUGAAGACUUUCGUACGUUAGGGGCACAGACAAGAUCAAAGCACAAUACGACGUGAUAAAUAAUUUAGCCUAUUUUACCACCAGUUUUAAAUGUUUUCGCCUGCUAAACACAACUUUCUCGGGUUGAUUUCCGUUGGUUGUUCGUGCGCACUCAACAUAAAGAUGCCGUUUCCGGUAACACUUGAAGGCAGCAGCAGUGUUUGCUGAGGUCGCGCUGAGCCCCACUGACUACAACAAUGAGUGUGAGCACGUUCGGCUAGUUUGAAUUGAAGUUAAGUGAAACUUCCCGCAAUAUUCACUACAUGUGCUUCUUGGGUUCCCAAAGCACUGCAUUAAAUGGAGCUAGAGGACCAAUGGUGGAAAGGACAACUCGCAGCAGAUAUAUACCAGGCGCUACGAUACAAAGAACUUAAGUUGCCUUCCUACAAAGGCCAGUCCCCUCAGCUCAACUUGAGACGAUACUUUGCAGACCUCAUAGCCAUCGUCAGCAACCGCUUCAGGCUUUGUCCUGCAGCCAGACACCUGGCCGUCUACCUGCUGGACCUUUUCAUGGACCGCUAUGAUGUCACGGUGCAGCAGCUUCACAUGGUCUCACUCUCGUGUCUUCUUUUGGCCAGUAAAUUUGAGGAAAGGGAGGACAGGGUGCCCAAGCUGGAGACACUGAACAGCCUGGGCUGCAUGAGCUCCAUGAACCUGGUCCUGACCAAACAGGGUUUACUUCACAUGGAGCUGCUACUGUUGGAAACCUUCCAAUGGAACCUGUACCUCCCUACAGCUGCUCAUUUCAUAGAAUACUACCUGUCUAUUGCUGUCCAUGAGGGAGACCUCCAUGAUGGCUGGCCUAUGACCUGCCUGGAGAAGACCAAACUAUACAUGGCCAAAUAUGCCGAUUACUUCCUGGAGGUUUCCUUGCAAGAUCAUUUGUUUUUGUGUUUUGCCCCCUCACUGGUGGCAGCUGCGUGUGUGGCCACCUCCCGUCUCAUCCUCCACCUGUCCCCUACAUGGCCACCCCGACUGCAGCGCCUCACAGGCUAUACAUGGGAGAACAUUGUCCCAUGUGCUGAGAAACUACUCAUUGCACAUGACAGUGAUGUCAAAGAGGCCAACAAGCAGAAGUGCCAGCAGCCCAGCCAGCAGCAGCAGCAGGGCCAGACGGUGUACCACAGUUCAGGCCAGACAGCCACUGUGGCCCAGUACCUGCACCGGCCGAGCAUGCAGUAUUCCCAGCAGGCCCCACAGGCGGGCCUGGCCUCAAACCACAGGCCUGCCUCCUACCUCAGCCACUCUACCACCAGCCUGCAGGCUACUAACGGCCCCCUGCAUGGCAACACCCAGGCCGUCGCUGCCUCACUAGAUCCGAAGUCCAACAUUCCGAACAGGGCUUACCAAGUCAGCAUGCACUACACCUGCGCUGCUCCGUGCUUUGACAGAUGAUGGAUAUUUUCAGGAUUUAGUCAUUUUUGGGGAGGAAGAGAUAAAAGAUGCGAUCUGUUUCUCUUGAAGAUAACAGAAUACACGAAAGGGAAAAGGCAUGGUUUUAAUUUGAAGAGACUUUGAUGAGAAUGGUACAGCACUUAGAACUAUAAGGUGUACACAAUGUGCAAUAUGCAUACUCUGCUGUAAUUUUCUGUGGAGAGUUUGCAUUAGGAUUUUUUUUGUUUGAGAUAUUGGGUAUGAAUGUUGUGGUGAGGUAGCUAGAGGCAGAGUUUGCACCUCUGUACCCACUAGUGUUACUGUAUGAUUUACAGACAAAAAGUCUUAAGUAUUUAUUUGAGCCAGAUUACCUCAGUAGUAUUGAACGUAUAAAUAACUCAUACCUGUAGCCUUUGUGACUGUUACUAUGCUAAGUUAAGGGCUGUUGCGAAAAGGGACUUACGUCUGUUUGUGGUUGAGAAAAGAGCACAGUUUGUGUAAGUGUUCUGUUCCUCAAACUUUUUUUGAUGAGUAUCAUUUGUAAAACUAGGAAAGAAUAUGCUCCUAGCUGUCGCAAUUUAUUUGCUGAGCAAUUUGUUGCUCUUCUGUACACAGAGGAUUCUAGACAGUGCUGUGCACUUCUACGACGAUAAUUUUAAAUAAAAUACAAAUCUGUAUUAGUUGA